GACCCCAGACACCAUUUCAAUCAAGGUUGAAGAGGAUAUUGGUGGAGGCAUGCCCACCUUAGAAGAAGACAAUGACAUUAGAGACUGCAGCACGCAGCGCGGCGCCACCUCGGAGAGUCUGCGUGUGGACGCCCCUGGCUCCUCCCACAUGUCAAGUCACAGCAGAGAGCUGCGCAUCCUGAGCAUCUACGGAAAAGGGGAGGGCUCACUGGCGGUGGACGGCCAUGACACCCUCUUUGCCGUGUCAGAACUGGAGGCCUUGAGCUCGCUGUCCGCAGACCACAGAGUGGCCAAGAGCCUGAACUGCAGCGUGCGGCUCGUCCGCCUUGAGGAGCUGACUGGGCAUCAGGGCGGCCGCAAGGGCCGGCCCGGUGUCUUGUGUGGAAAGGUUAUUCCCAACAAUGCUAAUAUGAUCGUCCUCAUGAGUACUCACUCUGGGGAGAAGCCCUACAAGUGUGACCAAUGCACAAAGCGCUUCAGUAAGAGAGCCACCCUGAAGCGCCACAUGUCGACUCACACCGGCGAGAAGCCCUACAGGUGUGACCAAUGCACGAAGCGCUAUCGACGGAAAUGCAACCUGAAGUACCACAUAAUGACUCACUCUGGGGAGAAGCCCCACAAGUGUGACCAUUGCAUGAAGCGCUUCAGUAAGAGAGGCACCCUGAAGCGCCACAUGUCGACUCACUCCGGUGAGAAGCCCUACAAGUGUGACCAAUGCAUGAAGUGCUUCGGUCAGAAAGGCAACCUGAAUUACCACAUAAUGACUCACUCUGGGGAGAAGCCCCACAAGUGUGACCAUUGCAUGAAGCGCUUCAGUCAGAAAAGCACCCUGAAUAAACACGUAAUGACUCACUCUGGGGAGAAGCCCUUCAAGUGUGACCAAUGCACGAAGUGCUUCAGUCAGAAAGGCCACCUGAAGAGCCACAUGAGGACUCACUCCGGGGAGAAGCCUUACAAGUGUGACCAAUGCACGAUGUGCUUCAGUCUGAAAGGGCCCCUGAAAAUUCACAUGAGGACUCACACCGGGGAGAAGCCUUACAGCUGUGACCAAUGCAUGAAGCGCUUCAGUCGGAAAAGCACCCUGAAGAUCCACCUGAGGACUCACUCCGGUGAGAAGCCCUACAAGUGUGACCAAUGCAUGAUGUGCUUCAGUCAGAAUUACAUCCUAAAGAACCACGUGAGGACUCACUCCGGGGAGAAGCCCUACAAGUGUGACCAAUGCACAAAGCGCUUCAGUCGGACAAGCCACCUGAAGUUCCAUGUGAGGACUCACACCGGGGAGAAGCCCUGCGUGUGUCUGCAGUGCAACGCCAGCUACAGCGACCCAAGCACUUUGCGUGUGCACAUGCUCAAGCACACUUUGGCACGGGGUAAUGGGACGCUUUGAUUGAGAGCUCUGUCUAGCAUUGGUUGAAAUUACUGCUUUAGUUUUUCUUUUCAUCAAGAUUAAACGCUUCCAACUUUCGAUUCACUUUCUGUUUUUAUUAAUUGAUGUCUGUGUUGAAUAACUUAUUUCUAGGACACUUCUGACAGCAAAAUAUUUGAUUUAAUGUAGAGCUUGAUCAGUGGAAGAUACAGGCAGCAAAGUUACCAAGCAUACAGUCAAUGAGACGAUGGGUGUACAUGAUUCUUAUAGGAAACGUUCACAUCGUGGGUAAAUACAAGGAAACAAAGGUCAGGGGGAGGGGCCUUCGUGGAUUUUAGGAUUGGCCAGAGGAGAGACCAAGUUAAAUUGCAAUUCACAAUAUGGGUGAAGUGGACAUGGCUGCAAGACAGUUAAAGGAAUCUACACAAC